GGAGUACUUCUUUUAUCCCUAACAACGACCCUGGCUCCAUUGAGGCCUGACCCCAUACGUUGGCAAAUCGAGCUCCUGCGCAACCCCAUCGAAGCUUCAAUUUGGGGUCCUUUACGCGGGUAUAGCCCUAGCGACUCUCGGCAUGUCGGGAACGAGGCUGACCAUGGUGACUUUGGGAGCGAACCAAUUCCAAACCCAGCAAGACCAAUCCACCUUCAUCAACUGGAUCUUGGGCUUCCAGUUUGGGUCUCUCAUCGUUGGGAGCACGGUCAUUGUGUACAUCGAGGACAGCGUGAGCUGGGGCCUAGGGUUUUGGCUAUGUGUCGCCGUGAACGUUAUUGGCCUCGCUAUUUUCUUGCUCGGAAGCCGGUUUUACCGCCAUGGCAAGCCCCGGGGGAGUCCGUUCCUGACCUUAGCUCGCGUCGUCUUUGCUAGUAUCCGGAAGAGGAAGAUCACGGUCACAUCCGACGAUGCCGACAAUUACUACUAUGGACAAGACAGAAACAGUGAGGCAAAGGUUGUGCUCGUACAGCCUCGAAAGAACUUGAGGUUCUUCAACCGCGAAGCCUUGAAAACCGAAGGAGACGCCAAGUCCGAUGGCUCCGAAGCGAAAAGCCGGAGGCUAUGCACGGUUGGCGAAGUGCAAGAUCUGAAAACCCCAAUAAGUGUGCUGCCAUUAUGGUUAACCGCCAUAUUCUUGGCCACUCCAAUGGCUGCCCAAAGCAGCUUGACAAUCCUCCAAGCUCUCGCGACCGACCGCCACUUAGGACCCUGAUCCGAGAUCCCGCCCGGGUCGGUCCUUGCCUUGACCACCGUCGCCGCGGUGCUGUCCAUCGCCAUCACCGAUCGCUUCCUAUGCCCCAUGUGGCAGAAGCGGAUGGGCUCGGCCCCGUCUUUGCUCCAGCGAAUUGGGGUGGGCCACAUUUUGAAUGCGCUAGGAAUGGUUAUAUAUCUGCACUAGUUGAAUCACUCAGGCUCCAAUCAGCCCCACUCCAGUAACCGUCCCAUGCCGGCAUCAAUGUCUGUCUUGUGGCUAUUCCCUCAACUUGUGGUUGUUGGGUUUGGUGAGGCGUUUCAUCUGCCCGGACAUGUCACGUUCUAUUACCAGAAGUUCCCGAAGAAAUUCUUUAACAACGCGACCACUAUGAUCACCACAGCAGAGGGGAUCGCCUACUACCUGAGCACCGUACUGGUCGAUCUGGCCCAUCGGCACACGGGAUGGUUGCCGGAGAAUUUGAAUGACGGGAGGCUGGACCUUGUGUACUAGACUCUGGCUGGGGUUGGGGUGGUGAAUUUUGGCUAUUAUUGUACAAUUGCUAGGUUCUACAGAGAUGGGGAUGGCAGUAACUCCUAGCUAGCGUGAAAUUUGUAAAAACUAAUAAUGUCACUUGCAAUGAACAAGAAUGAGAGAUUGGACCCGACAAGCUAGAAAUUCAGCGUUAUGCUUACC